AUGAACUCUACUAUCACAGCAAAGGUUCCCAACUACGCCGAAACAGAUCCUGUGUCUCUCAGAUGGAUCAAUGAUCGCAUAUUUGCCAUUUCCGGUAUUGAUCAGGAGAUUCUAGAGACUUAUCAAGCCGAGGACCAAGCAAGAAGUUUUAGCAAGCCUCAAAGUCCUAACGAUCGCCGUGCUGCACGGAGAGCUCGUCGUGAGAGUGCUCACGAGGCCAUUUUCUUCACUGGUCUAGCAUCCAGCCAGAACGGACAGACCAAAAAGAAGCCCGAGUCUGAUGAGAGCACCGGCCAACUUGCAAGCGAAACACAUGAGGAUUCUUCGUUCAAUCGCCCUGCAACCACUUCUUUCAAUGGCAAUGGGGACAAUACUGCAUCGGACGUCGAUGAUCCUGAAAAGGAUGACGAUGCUGAUGACGAUGACCACAUCUCGAACAACUUUCAGCCUCUGCCUCGAGGCAUUACCUUGUCAAAACGAGGUGGCACCGUAAAACGAAGACGACGCGGUGGUGCUCAGUCAGCAUCACGACAGCCUUCUCGCGAGCCUUCGCCAGAACUACCUCUUCUGGCACCAGAGGAGGACAUUGUCAGUGAUGAUGACCUACCGUCCCCCUUCACCGAUGAGAUAUUCGAAGAUCCCAACCUGCCAGACGAUGAAGCGCAAGCUUUGUAUAACAAACUCUUCGAGCCAAUGACACAACCAGACGUCUUUAUUGGGCCUUUAACCAAAUUUCUGCCAGGCCAACGAUCUACGGACAACUUAUAUGUACUGGCCGCCAACACGGCAGCAGCAUUGCGUGCGUGGCAGGACGAAUAUCUCGAGCUUGAAAAGAUUACUGCUCCACAUGCCGCCAUUCCUCGUAAGGCUGCAACUGGCCAACGCAACCCGAUUGACCCUAUGAUAUAUGAGGAUCAGAAAGAAGCUGAGUUGUAUGAUUAUGUGUUUGAUGCGAAGAAAGUCGGCAUGCAAGAUCCUAUCGCCCAGAAAGUCGUUAGAGAUGCUUCUGGCAGAGAAUUACGUACUCGUCAACCUCGUGGCCAGGCCAACAAAGAGGCUUCCGCAGCUGCUGCGGCUGUUCCUCCGGAAGAGAUUGUCACUGGCAGACGGGCUCGGAAACCGGUCGCCAAGUAUGAUGGUGUUGUUUCCACUGAUCAAGUCAUGGGAAGGAAGAGAGGUGCAAAUGCCAUGAGCGAGACCCCUGAAGCGGAUGAACCUAUGGCAAAGCGAGGCAAAACAGCUACACGGGGCGGAAGAGGAGGGCGGGGCGGUCGCGGAGGUCGAGGCGGCAGAGGUGGGCGUGGUGGCGGACGAGGUGGUUUGGUUGCAAAGCGUCUGCAAGAGCUUCGUGAAGAGAGUGCUGCAGUAUCGGCCACAACAUCAGAAGAUGAGAUGUCAGGCUCAGACGCAGGCAGUGUGCCGCCAGAUACGCGAGAGAACAGUCCUGUACUCGAACUUCAACCUGCAACGGAGACAACCACGCCAGGACUAGCAGACGAAUCGCAGAUUGAUCCGCAGAGCGAAGACGGGCCAUCGCUUACGGCUAGUGGGAAGAAAAAGGGACGACCAAAAGGUAGUAAGAAUCACCACAAAAGAUCAGAUGCUGGCAUCCCGAAAGGCCCUCGCGUACCAAAAGCCCAGAGCAAUGGUACACCAGGUAUUGGAAGCGUCAAUGCUGACAUGCCGGCGAGCGCAGAGACGAGCCUUACGCCUGGAUCCAUCGAUACAACCCCUGUUGCACCAGCCACAGCAGGAGGAGCUCCAAUCGACCCCAAGCGCAAAGUCCCUCGUAGUGAGAAGCGAUCGAAAAGUAUGGUUGAAUGGUGGGCUCGUCGCAAGGCCAAAGAAGCAGAGGACAAGGCCCGUGAGGCAGAAGCACAGGCUGCUGAGCGCCAUCGUGCCGCUGAAGCUCACGCGCGGUACAUGUCGCAGCAUGGCGGUUUGAUUGCUGCACAACAAGCCCAGCAGCAGCAGCAACAUCAGCAUCAACACCCACAACAUCAGCAGUUUGGUGGCUAUACAGGGCCCUAUCCACCCACAGGCGUUCUACCUCCCCCAGGACCACCUCAACAGUUGCCACAACAUGUACCGCAACACUGGGGAUCUGGCUUUGCACUGCCUGGUCUCCAGGGUCCUGGCGGUCUAGUAUGGCAUCAACCUGUUCAUCAUCCGGGCCAAGGUCUACCUCCAAUGCAACAGCAACCUCCACCGUCUCAGCAACAACAGCCAGGUCCACCACCAGGUGGGCCACAAGGACCUGAAGGGCAUCGAAGGGAUCAACAUGGAUUUGUUAGAAGCUUUUGA